AUGUCACAGGGUUUUGCGCCUCUCAAGAAUGAUCUGUUGCUUCGCACAGCGUGGGGCCAGACCGUUGAGCGUCCGCCCAUGUGGGUGAUGCGACAAGCCGGCCGCUACCUCCCCGAGUACCACGAAGCCAAGGGUAAACGAGACUUCUUCGAAUGUUGCCGUGACCCCGAAGUUGCAACAGAAAUCACCCUCCAGCCCGUCCGCCGUUUUGCAGGCCUGAUCGAUGCCGCUAUCAUCUUCUCCGACAUUCUUGUUAUCCCUCAGGCCAUGGGCAUGACUGUCGAGAUGGUUGAUAAGAAGGGCCCGCACUUCCCCAACCCGCUCCAGAACCCCGACGACGGACAGUAUAGCGAGGUGCUUGCCAAGGACGUCGACGUUGCGGCUGAGCUCGGCUACGUAUACGAUGCCAUCACCCUGACGCGCCAGAAGCUCGAGGGCCAAGUGCCGUUGAUUGGAUUCUGUGGUGCUCCUUGGACCCUGUUCUGCUAUAUGGUCGAGGGUGGCGGCACUAAGCUGUUCGCGCAGGUCAAGACAUGGAUCUACAAGUAUCCCGAGGAGGCGAAGAAGCUUUUGGCCAAGAUUGCUGACAUCUGUGUGGAUCAUCUGGCUCUGCAAGUCAAGGCCGGUGCCCAGCUGGUGAUGGUUUUCGACUCAUGGGCAGGAGAACUUGGUCCUUCCUCUUAUCGUCAAUUCUCAGAACCUUACCUCAAGCAAAUCGCAGAGAAGCUUCCCGCCAAGCUCCAAAGUCUCGGCCUGGAUAAGGUGCCCAUGACCGUAUUCCCCAAGGGUGCUUGGUACGCCCUCGACUCUGCCUGCAACCUGGGUUACAAUGUGGUCGGUAUGGACUGGCUGCAUGACCCCAAGGAGGCCGUCAAGAUCCGUGGCGACCGAAGCAUUGUGUUCCAGGGCAAUGCUGAUCCCGGUGUGCUGUACGGUACCAAGGAGGCUAUCACAAAGGCUGUGGAGGAGAUGGUUGGGGGUUUCUGGGUCGGCAACAAGGGUUGGAUUGCUAACCUAGGCCACGGAAUCACCCCCGGCGUGAAUCCCGAUCACCUCAAGCACUACUUUGAAGAGAUUCAUCGUCUCACCAAGAAGAACUAA